CGGAUGGCACGCCUUGACGUCAGUUCCGGUUCAGGGGAUGUUUGUGGAAGAUGGCGGCAGCGAGGAGACCGUGACUUGAGGAGGGGGGUGGCGGCGGCGGCGUGGAAGCAGCGCUGGAGCGAAGUCGAACCAAACAGGCCCGUAGUGUGAUUUGUUAGAAGAAUUUUAUCAUCAUGGCUUUGGAAAUAACCUCACCUCCUCGAUUUUUUCACAUGCCAAGGUUUCAGCACCAGGGACCAAGGCAUACCUUUUACAAGCGGCCAGAUUUUGCUCAGCAGCAAGCUAUGCAGCAACUGACCUUUGAUGGCAAACGUAUGAGAAAAGCUGUGAACAGGAAGACGAUCGAUUAUAAUCCAUCAGUUAUUAAAUUCUUAGAGAACCGGGUUUGGCAGAGAGAUCACAGAGACCUCCGAGCAAUUCAGCCUGAUUCGGCAUAUUAUAAUGAUCUGGUGCCACCCAUGGGAAUGCUGCAGAAUCCAAUGAAUGCUGUAACAACUAAGUUUGUCCGAACCUCAACCAAUAAAGUAAAGUGUCCAGUGUUUGUUGUCAGGUGGACUCCUGAAGGAAGGCGUUUAGUCACCGGGGCUUCAAGUGGCGAGUUCACUCUCUGGAAUGGGCUGACGUUUAACUUUGAAACUAUUUUACAGGCUCAUGACAGUCCUGUUAGAGCCAUGACCUGGUCUCAUAAUGAUAUGUGGAUGCUGACAGCCGACCAUGGUGGAUAUGUGAAGUAUUGGCAGUCCAACAUGAACAAUGUGAAGAUGUUCCAAGCUCACAAGGAGGCGAUUAGAGAGGCCAGUUUCUCACCGACGGAUAAUAAAUUUGCCACAUGUUCUGAUGACGGCACAGUUCGAAUUUGGGACUUUCUUCGAUGCCAUGAGGAACGUAUACUUCGAGGACAUGGUGCUGAUGUGAAGUGUGUAGACUGGCAUCCGACCAAAGGAUUGGUUGUAUCUGGAAGUAAAGACAGCCAACAGCCAAUCAAAUUCUGGGAUCCUAAGACGGGUCAGAGUCUUGCAACACUUCAUGCUCACAAGAACACAGUGAUGGAAGUUAAAUGGAAUCAGAAUGGGAACUGGCUUCUUACGGCAUCACGUGAUCAUCUCUGCAAAAUGUUUGACAUUCGGAACUUAAAGGAUGAGUUACAGGUUUUCAGAGGACACAAAAAAGAGGCUACAGCUGUGGGUUGGCAUCCAGUGCAUGAGGGAUUAUUUGCCAGUGGGGGAUCUGAUGGCUCAUUGCUCUUCUGGCAUGUUGGUGUUGAGAAGGAGGUUGGAGGAAUGGAGAUGGCUCAUGAAGGAAUGAUUUGGAGUCUAGCCUGGCACCCACUUGGGCACAUACUUUGUUCAGGAUCCAAUGAUCACACCAGUAAAUUCUGGACGCGAAACAGACCUGGAGAUAAAAUGAGAGAUCGCUAUAAUCUCAACUUGCUUCCAGGAAUGUCAGACGAAGCUGUAGGAGAGUAUGAUGACAUUGAGCCAAACAGUCUGUCCAAUAUUCCUGGGAUGGGCAUUCCAGAGCAACUGAAACAAGCCUUGGAGCUGGAACAGACCUGCAAAGAAGAGGUGAAUGAAGUGGAGAUGGCAAUUCCUGGAUUGGACUGGGGCAUGGAUGAAAUGAUGUUGAAGGAUCAAAAGAAAGUGAUACAGAAGAAAGUCCCUUAUGCAAAGCCAAUUCCUGUACAGUUCCAGCAGGCAUGGUCUCAGAACAAGGUUCUCACAAUCCCUGUUGAGGAGCCAAAAAUCGAGAGAACAGAAGAGAAGAAAAAGGAUGAAAAGAAGAAAUCUCAAGCAGAAAUUGAGCAGGAGAUGGCUGCCCUGCAGUACACCAAUCCAUUGCUUCUGGAGCAACUGAAGAUUGAGAGAAUGGCACAGAAACAGGCUGAACAAGUUCAGCAGCAACAACAAGGACCUUCCAUGGCAUCACAGACCUUUCCAGGGCAAGGAUUUAUUCCACAAGGUCCACAAGCCUUUCAGCAGGCACAUCCACCUCAACAGAUGCAGAUGAACAUGCCUCUUGGACAUUCAGGACUGCAAGGCAAUUUCAGAGCACCAGCACCUCCAGGACAAAUGGGUCCUCAAGUACCCCCACUAAUGCAGGGGCCUAUUGGACCACAAGGAAUUCAUGGUCCAGGAGGUCACCCUGGACCUCCGGGGCACCCUGGACCCCAGGGGCAUCCAGGGCCUCAAGGCCACCCUGGACCUCAGGGGCACCCAGGCCCUCAAGUUCACCCAGGACCCCCAGGCCACCCUGGACCCCAAGGCCACCCAGGACCACAUGCUUCACAGGGUUUUCCAGGUCCCCAAAACCACCCUGGGCCACAAGGACCGCAAGGACCACAUGCUCAGCAAGGUCAUCCAGGUUCCCAAGGACAUCCAGGGCCUCAAGGUCAUCCAGGUUCACAAGGACAUCCAGGGCCCCAAGGUCAUCCAGGGCCCCAAGGACAUCCAGGGCCUCAAGGACAUCCAGGGCCUCAAGGUCAUCCAGCUUCACAAGGACAUCCAGGGCCUCAAGGCCAUCCAGGGCCCCAAGGCCAUCCAGGUUCACAAGGCCAUCCAGGGCCCCAAGGCCAUCCAGGUUCACAAGGCCAUCCAGCGCCCCAAGGCCAUCCAGGUUCACAAGGCCAUCCAGGGCCCCAAGGAUUACCUGGGACACAAGGAAUGCAAGGACCAUCAGGUCCAAGAGGAAUGCAAGGCCCUCCGAUGCAGGGACCUCAGCAGGGAAUACAAGGACAUCCCCAGGGAAUGCAAGGACCGCAGGGACCCCAAGGGCCAGGGUGUGCACCAGGAGGACCACCACAUUCUCAGCAUGGUGCUUCAAACACACAAGGGCCACCUCAUCAAACCUCUUCGUUCCAACAGCCAGCCAAGCCAUCAUUGCUGGGUGAUGGACCUAGAAUGCCUUUUAACCAGGCUUCAAACCAAGUGCCACCGUUGUUGAUGGUGGGGCAGGGACCAGUUCGCCUGCCUGCAUCCAAUCAAGGGCCUGCUGGUCCUGGGCCAAGCAAAGGUGACUCUCAUGGUCCACCAAACCAUCACACAGGCCAUUCGCAAGAAAUGAGGCGAGAUCAUAGUGCCGAGCGGGACCCUGAGCGAGGACCUCCUUUCAGGGGAUCCCAGGACUGGGGGGAUCACCGCGAUAACAGAGGGUCUGCAGAGAGGCGAGGUCCACCACAGGACUACCACGAUCGUUUUGAGGGACCCGAUCAAUUCCACGAUGACUUCCGCAAGGACGAGCGAUUCGGUCACCGGCCGCGGGAGUUUGAGAACCGUAUGGGUCCGAACCCUCAUGAGGAGGGUUGGCGAAGGGGUCCUGGUCCUCAGCGGGAUUUUCCUCCUGAUCAGGAGUACAGGGAAUUUGGGGACCCGGAGCAGAGGGGCCCAGGUCGGUGUCCACCCCAAGGUUGGGACGGAAGGAAAGCCCCGGAAGAGCGAUUCCCGAGGGAGCCUGAAGAAGCACGUUUUCGUGGGCGGAGAGAUGACAGGUUCCGGCCGGUUCGAGGGGGACCUCGUCACGAUGGAUGUGGCCCACGGGGGAGAGAAGCUUUUAUCAACAUGGAUGACUUCAUGGGGGACGAUGAGUUUAACCAAACAGAGGAGAAUGCAAGGGGUCGUGAUCCAGCAGUUAGAGGGCGUGGCCGUGGAGUGAUGCGAGGUGGGCGAGGGGGUCUUCUUCCCCUACCUGGCCAUGAUGACUUCCCACGAUUUGAAGGUGGCCGUAAGUCUGAGAAAAGGCCAUUGUCUCCAGGAGGUCAACGCGACGGCUGGGGUGGCAGAGGGGACCGCGGAGAAAUCCACGAACCUGUCAGAGAACCAGGACGAGGAGGCCCAUCAGCGUCGCUGCGAAUGUCCAAACCUGGCCGCUCCAACUCGAACGAGGGAGAUAGACACGACGGCUUCCCACGGGAUGAGGCAUUUGUUGGCCCAGGAGGACCUCCCCCCCGGGGUGGAGCUAGGGGCGGGCCCAACUGGAGCCGGAGUGGGAAGAACUCGGUACCACCGUCACGACGAGGACCGAUCAGAGGCACCAGAGGGAGAUGAGGAAGCAGCACUGAGAGAUGGGAUUUUACUCUAGCUGCUCUGGGGCGUGUAUAGUCUUUCAAACGAACCUUGUGCGAAUGGCCCGUGCAAGAAUCUGGCCCUGGGAGAUGCAGAAACCUUUCCUUUUUUCAUUUUUGUACAGCUGGCAGCAGUGUUUGUUGUUAAACUCCAGCAGUUUUAGUGUUGUGAGCUCUGGAGCACUGCCACACACACACACACACGACAUGUCAGAUCAACGUUGCUCUGACUUGGUGUACAGUUUGUCUCAAGUGUCAUUUUGUAUGACUACACAAUAUAAUUUGUGCAAAAUUUAACCGAAA